UAGAAAGUUACACAAAAUUGUCAUGAAUAUCACUACCACAAAAAUAUUAUUAUAAGCACAUACAGUCUAGAAAGUUAAACUGAAAAGUAACACAAAAUUAUCUUGUAUAUCACUGCCACGAAAAGUAUUAUAAAACUUUGUCAUUUUACUUAAUCAUCGAGCAAUGCCGAGUUAUACGAGUCAUUUGAAAAGGUGUUGCACUUGCUGUGGAGUCGAAAUGUUUGUAUGUGCAUUAAAGGGAUGUCAGUGCAGAAAUCCUGGCGAGCCAUGUACCAGCCCAAAUUUUACUGGUUUUGAAAAAUCGAAUGCAGAAAAUCACACUGCCCCAGAAAGUGCCAGUCCCAGUCAACAGGCACGAAUAUUGACCAAGAGUAAGAUAACCCCCUUAAGAAAGGGUUUGGCAGUUACAAAGAAACGUAAGAGUCCAAUAAUAAGGGGUUUAAAAUCAAAAUUAAAGCUGGUUUUGCAAACAACAGAGGGAUCUUCAGUACCUGUUUUUAAGGCGGUUAUUUUGAGAGAGAUGAUUAGGUUAGGAAGACAACCAAAUCUAAAGUUUAAGCAAGCCGCAAGGCGAGUGAGGCCCUUUUUAAAUCGCUGUAAUGAAGUAAAGAAUUCGCCAGCGGAUUUUUCUAACCAGGUACAAAUGCAGUCGAUAGUGAGCGGAGAUAAAAUCAAAAAUGUUGAAGAGUCUGAAUCAGGCGUAAUAAAGAUGACUGAGACGCCAACGACAUCUUCUUCAGAGCCCGAAGUGCAAAUCCAUGAUCAAAACUUGGGAAACUUUUGUACACCGCUUGAAUCGCCCAGAAUCGAUAUGUAUGAAGCAGACGUGUUGGACAAAGUAGAUUCAACAUCAGAAGAUGAGCCUGAAGAUCAUGAUCAUUAGCAUGAUUAUUAACGCUGCCUAUAUAAGCAGUGAAAUUUCAGACUGCAAGGGACUCGCUUAAAGCGGAAGGACUAAGUCGCAGUCAUUAAAUAAACAUUUAUAAAAAUAUAUAUUUAUUA